AUUGAUUUUCGUUCAUUCAUUUUUUCUCAGGGUCACGUUACCAACACCGAAAGCUACUACAGUCGUAUAAGCGAGCCACCUAUUUUUCGAAGUCACAUUGAGAAAAGAGUUUCUUUUACUUUUCCUUGUCGUCUUCAAUGGAAUUAAAAAGCAAAAGCCAAGAAUCCCUAAAACCCCAACCUUUCUUAACCCAAAACCCUUAGAAAACCAUGAAUGACAACGACGAUCGGAUAGCAAUGGAAGGGCAAUGUCAGCCUUUAAAAAAUCCCGAAUCUCUUCAAACUUUAACUUCAGGUCAUCUCUCUUCUUCGCUUUCCUCACUUUCUUCCUCUUCUCUAACCCUCCCGUCCAAUCAAGACUUUCAUUUCUUUAACAAUUUCGACGAUUUCAAGCUGCCCGUCGAUCAAAUCGCUAAAACAUCGGAUUCUUUGCUCGAAUCCAUCGGCUCAUCGGCUAAAAUCUGGGGCCACAACAAGGCGAUCAUUUUCCCUAACAACAUUGAAAGUAUAGCCCAUGUUGAAGCUUAUGAUUGGCUUGCUAAUACCAACGACGAAAUCUUGGAAAGAGUCGACGUUUCUAUGGACGAAUAUCAAAAGAGUCGAAAGAAAGAAGAGGAAACGAUCGGGUCGGAUCCUGACAAUAGUGGGUUUCAGUUGGUUUACGGGAAGAAAAAGAAGAAAGUUAAUGGUGGGUUAAUGAGUGACUCGGUCGGUGACUCAGUGAGCGGGAAGGAAGGUGGGUCUUCCAGUUCUUCUACUGGAGUGAAGGUGAAGAAAGGGGCGUUGGCUGCGGGGACGACGGGUAAAGCUAAGGUGCCAUUUCAUAUACCAACGAUACGGAAGCCGCAGGAAGAGUAUAGGAUACUUGUGAAUAAUUCCAAUCAGCCUUUUGAACAUGUUUGGUUGCAGAGGAGUGAGGAUGGGCAGCGUUUUGUUCAUCCACUGGAGAGGCUCUCUGUUAUGGAUUUUGUGGAUAAAGAUGUAGCACAUAUUGAGCCUGUAAAACCCCCCUCAAUUGAGUCUACCUCAUUCAAGCUGGUGGAGGAAGUAAAAGAUUUGAAGGAGUUAGCGUCUAAAUUACGCAGUGUGAACGAAUUUGCGGUUGAUUUGGAGCAUAACCAAUAUCGAUCUUUUCAAGGUUUGACUUGCUUGAUGCAAAUUUCUACCAGAACUGAGGAUUUUAUUGUAGAUACUUUGAAGCUUCGAAUUCAUGUUGGCCCAUAUCUUAGGGAAGCAUUCAAGGAUCCCACCAAGAAAAAGGUUAUGCAUGGAGCAGACCGGGAUAUUGUGUGGCUUCAACGGGACUUUGGCAUAUAUUUAUGCAAUCUCUUUGACACCGGACAGGCCUCAAAGGUCUUGAAAUUGGAAAGAAAAAGUUUGGAGUAUCUUCUGCAUCAUUUUUGUGGAGUUACUGCCAACAAGGAAUACCAGAAUGCAGAUUGGAGAUUGCGUCCUCUUCCUGAUGAAAUGCUCAGAUAUGCUAGAGAAGACACACACUAUUUGCUGUACAUUUAUGAUCUAAUGAGAAUUAAAUUGUUAUCAAUGCCUAAGGAAUCUGAACAUUGUGAUGCUCCUUUGAUAGAGGUCUACAAGCGAAGUUCUGAUGUAUGCAUGCAACUGUAUGAGAAAGAACUGCUGACGGAGAAUUCAUAUCUCCAUAUAUACGGGUUGCAGGGGAUUGGUUUCAAUGCUGAGCAGCUAGCAAUUGUUGCUGGGCUUUGUGAAUGGCGAGACAUUAUUGGCCGUGCAGAGGAUGAAAGUACUGGUUACGUGUUGCCAAACAAAACGCUUCUUGAAAUCGCCAAGCAGAUGCCUGUAACUGCUAGCAAACUGCGUCGAUUGUUGAAAUCUAAACACCCAUAUGUGGAGCAAAAUCUUGGUGCAGUUGUUAGCAUCAUCAGGCAUUCUAUGCCAAAUGCUGUUGCAUUUGAAGCUGCUGCUCAACAACUGAGAAUGGGUAAUGUGCAAAAUGCAUCAGAAGAACAUGUAGCAGUUGCUGAGGGAGCUAAAGUCUUAUCUUGCGAGACUCCUACAGACUUGAAAAUUGCAAAUGAUAGAACAGAAAUCAUAGACGAUGGCAUGGGGGGACCUGAUAGGAUAACUGCCCAACCUGCUUCUCCACGACAUAAACAGGAAUCGAUAAAGAUUGGAAGCAAUAUUGCUGGACUUGACACAGACAGACAACAAAAAAGAUUCCCUUUCAAGCCAGAUGUGAAUGGCAUCUCAAUGUCUGGGAGCGAAAGUCUUGCCAUCUCAGAGCAGAGUGGAGAAGUGAAUGCUUGCACAGUUUCACCUUCAGCAAAGAUUGCUACUGGAGCAACUGUUCAGGUUCUAAAGAAACCAAGCUGUGGCUUUGGGGCACUUCUAGGGAAUGCUGCCACAAAGAAGAAAUUUGAUAUUGAUAAAAAGGGGAAGGAAGAGAGUAAGUUGGAGCAGAACAGAUCUUCAGUGAAUCUUUCAUUUCACUCAUUUUUGGGUACAGAGCUGGAAUCAAAACCUGAAAUGACAGAGCCAACUAGAGUGCUAGAAGAAGUUUCACAGCCUGAAGAACCUCCUGCUGUGGUAGCUACUGAGUCGACCUUCGAAAAUAUUAUAAUGUUGGAAGACAAUUCAAACAAAUAUGAAUCAUUUGAUGCGAGGGGUAGCUCAGAAAUAAUUGAUAUACCCAGCGAGGAGAGUUCCAUGGCACCUUUCUCUGAAACAAAUGAAGAAGAUGAGACCAUGUCCCUAUCCGAUUUAUCCACAAGUUUCCAACGGUGCUUCCAGGCUAUCAAUCAAAACAGAAAAGCGGUUAAAGUCAAGAAAUCAAAAGAACCGAGUGGUCUUAUGGGAACAAAGCCAUUUGAUUAUGAAGCAGCCAGGAAAGAGGUUGGAUUUGGAGAUGUUGUAGAGGAAGAAUCAGGAAGCCUAGCAAAGUCUUCAGGUAAGAAUAAAAGUUCAGCCAGCGGCCGACUGCAAAUAUACGAUGGGGGUAACCAAUUUCCUCGCGGUAGACGACGACAAACUUUUCCGUCGUCUGGGAAUAGAACUGCAACCUUCUCCAAUGAUAAAUCAUAAUCCUGUAAGACAAAUCGCAUUUAGCUGUUGAAAGAAAGAAGGAAUUAUAGAGAUUAUAUAUUUGCACCAAAUAUAUACAUAGAGAGAGAGAGAGAGAGAGAGAGAGAGAGAGAUCAUAUAUUACAUUUAAAAAUAUA